AAAUGGGGCCUUUUAAUCCUGUCUAGGCACAUCCCUGACAGGUUCCCAUUUCCGGAUGGCCUUUUUGGGUGUAGUUGGGAAUUAGUGCAUUCUCUAAUCUGUUCAAAAUCUAGUAUGACAUACCCAGCAUAUGUUCGGAUGCAAAUAUCACAAAGACAGAGUAUUGUGUAAAAGGAAGCUAACAAUCGAUUUGUUGCGUGAAGCUCCUUAUAAUGAGAAACAUGUAGAAAAAUCGGGAUUGGUCCUCACUUGGGAAAUUCAUCAACCUUUGUGUGUAUUGGCAAAUCCCUGAACCAUCACAUUUGGAAGAACAUUACAGCUGAGAUGACGACAACUUGGUUUGAGAUGGACCCAUGAGCCUUGCUGGACAACAUAAGCAGUGGGAAGGGCCAGAUUCCAUGUUUAAUCGAAGUUUAAGCUGAGAGCAUGGACAAUCAGGACCUGCUGGAAAAUUGCAUAAAUCGAGAUAAAUGGCUGAAAACUAUCCAUGGGAGAACUAUAAUAAGUUGACCGAGGCAUUGAAGGGGACAGAUCAAUCAUGGACAGCUCUAACUCUCAAGCUAUGUGCUUCUCUAGAGACUGCUGAUAAGCUCAUUCAGUCCGCUAACUCAAAUGUGGAAACACUAGCGGAAAAGAUCAGAGAGCUUGAGAGCAUUAUGAAACGGGGGGAUUCCGCCGUAGCAACAGCAAAAGCUAUCCUUAAUACACAGAGCAAAAAGGAAGGGCCUGUAGUUUAGAGUAAUUAGACAUCUGAUGAAUGGUGCAGAUAUACAGAGGUAAGUUACCCAUUUGUGUGCAUGUAAACCUGCAAAUAACAAACCAUGAAAGGUUUUAAAGAGCUUGUAUUAUUUUAUUUUAUUUUUUUAACUAAAAAGAUUGAUUGAUCAUUGAGAAUCUAUAGGGGAAAAGCAAGUUGUAGGCCCCGAAUGGUGACGUGACCUAAUCUGCACCACACACGUGGCGUGUUUGAAGUGCUUGGAGCUCUCCAGAUGGUGGAGCAAA